AUGAACACAGCCGGGGAAGAACGCUCCCCCACAACCAACUUCCUCCCAGCGAGACCCAACUUAUUGGAAUAUCAGUUGUCUCUGGAAUCGCACGUUGUCGAGUCUCGCGCGACAGAUGUUACCCGAACAUGUUCCUGCAUGGAAAAAAUCUUUAUCGGCGCCCUUGUCAGUGACGAAAAGAUAGUCCUUGAAGGCUGUUCGCCUACUAUCGAUUUCUGCUACUUCCACAACUCCCCCACCAAUAGGCCGAAUAUGUUAGUGCCAUGUUCCGACACCAGCGUCGCCGAAGGAGCGGUAAAGUACAUCAUCGGAGAGGGAGGGCGCCUGGCACUCAACUGUAAUCGGGGUGGGAAGUGGUGCCGUGUACUUCACUGGGCGAUCGAAAGCGAAAAUACGCGCCUUGUAUUCAUGGCAAUCGGUCACGAGAGUGUUGAUAUUAAUCAGCGAGACUGGUUUAAUCGUACACCUCUCCAUCUUGGAAAUUCCAAACGUAGUCCUGCUCUCACUAAACUCCUCCUCAAUGCCGGCGCCAACGUCAACGCCAUCGAUGACCAUAACGCCAAACCGCUGCACUAUGCUAUUUCUCGCUGGAAGUCGGAGCUCAAGAAGAAGAACAGUCGACAACUAAAUGAUUCCAUGAAAGUUCUCAAUCAAAACCUAGAGGCAGCUCUGACGUCGAAGGAGGAGUACUUCAUGGAAGGUGUGCCACUCCUACAUUUUGCGGUUGAGUAUAGGCAUCUGGGCGUUAUCGAAACGUUGUUAGCAACUAGGAAGGGGGAUGUGAACGUGAGGGAUUCUAGAGGGCGGACGGCCUUAUUUGUGGCGUUCAAACACAAACUCUUGGAUAUGGUUGACCUCCUGAUAAUGAAAUAUGGCGCUAAUGAGGGUUUGAAGGAGGAGACCGGACAAAAAUAUAACUAUGUUGCUGAGAAGGAUUAUCACUACCAGUGCGACCUGGAAAACUUGCGGAGAAGGGUGUCUAAUAUACCGUACGUGGAGAGAUCGGGCCAUCAUGGGAUUAUGUUAGGUCGUGGAAGAAUAUCUCAAAAUACAGCCUCAACCAGUUCGAGAAUCCCUGAUAUUCCAGAGAUCCUUCAAUCGCGCCUACGAUCUAUGAAGAAAGAGGUAUCGAAUAGUUGGUGGGAAGAAGAAGAAGAGGAGGAAGAAGAAGAAGAGAAGGGCGAGGGAUUUUCUUGGGAUGACUGGAAUGGAGAGAAUGCCGAAUUUUAG